CCCUUAAUUAUUUAAAUUUUGGUAUAUGCAAAAUGGAACAUUCAUCUCCGUCGCCGGAAAAAGAAGACGGCGGCGAUGAGGAAGUGAUGAGCGAAGUCCACCUCGGUUGCCCACCCAGAUUCUCUGGUCCUCAUAUUUCCCGUUUCACCAUUUCCCUUCCACUUCUUCACGAUGUUGAUCACAUCAAACACAUUCUCAGUUCGGAAAAUGAAUCAUUAGAAACUCAGAUUCUAGAAUUCGAUCAAGAUGGUGACCUUCUUCUACCUCGCCGCACCUCAAUUUCGUCAUGUAAAAAUAGCUACUGUGUCAGAAUUCAGCAUAAUAUCACUUCUUCAAUUCCAAAUGUUGGUUUGCAGGUUUGGAGAGCUGAACUGGUUUUAACUGAUUUUAUAUUGCAUAAAGCAUUGUGUUCGUCUGAAUUUCAUGGAGUUAUUGCAUUAGAACUUGGGGCUGGAACUGGCCUGGUAGGUUUGUUACUUGCACGUACUGCAAACAGUGUAUUCGUAACAGACCGUGGGAAUCAAAUACUUGACAACUGUGUGAAGAAUGUUCAGCUUAAUCGUGGAUUAUUGAAUAAUCCAGCUACAAUUUUUGUACGUGACCUUGAUUGGUUUGAUUCCUGGCCUCCUAAAGCAAGAGUAGAAGAAGCUUCUCACACACAAAGGUAUUCUUGGACUUCUAGAGAAAUUGAAGAUGCAGAAAAUGCUUCUUUGCUCCUGGCUGCUGAUGUUAUUUAUAGUGAUGACCUGACUGAUGCAUUCUUCAGUACCUUAGAGAGAUUAAUGUCAAGGGGUUCGGCUAAGGUGUUAUACAUGGCACUGGAAAAGCGCUACAACUUCAGUUUUUCUGACCUUGAUGUCGUUGCAAAUGGAUAUUCACAUUUUCGCAGCUAUCUUAGGGAUGUGGAUGUUGAAAGCUUUGAGUCUGCAUGCAUACCUAAUUUUGUGGGCAAGCAGACGGACAUCUCUCAAAUUCCACAGUAUGUUAAAGAAUAUGAAAGAACACAUGAUGUCGAGAUUUGGCAGAUCAAGUACUGUGGACCAAGACAUGAAACCUCAGUUAGCACGGGAUAAAAGUUCGAAGCUGUAUUCCAUUAUCAAUGUUAUUUAUUUUGCUCAAUUUUAUGUAAUUACUUAAAGUGUAGCUGUUUUUUUUUUUAACUUCAACUGCAUAGCAUAGCAUUAUUAUUAGAGGACUUUUUAGCUACUUUUUAAUUUGAAAAGUUAUCUAACAAAGAUAUGGUUGGUAUUGUUUUACCGACACAUCUUUUGGUCUAAUAUAAUGAUGAUUCAUGAGAAAAUGUUAGAGGGGCCAAGUAUCAGGUUUGAGUUUGGUAGAGAAUGUUUCAGAGGCCUUGUCAUGUGUUGUCAUGUUUUGGCUCAGAUUUGUUUGUGCUGGUGGUAACAGUAAACUUUGAGAAAGUAUGGCAAUAAAUUAAAUUCCCAGAGAUUUCAUUUCA